AUUUCUUACGAUGGUGUUUUUACUUUCUCCCUUUUCUGCUCGUUCAAUUCCCACCCCCCGUUUAUAAGUUUCUAAGGAAGGCUGCUCUCGUUAGUUUACCAUUCAGGAAUUAAUUCAUUCAAUUGGAAAUUACUUUGUAGCUGAAUCCUAAUAUAUCACUAUGUUUAUCUUACGCUUAUCAAAUACGAUUUAAGCUUCCAAUGUAAGCUGUAUCUUGAAUGAGCAGUUGGCAAAACAUCAAACCAUUCUUAGUUCUUUCGAACUUCAUAUUUUACUACUCAUGAUUGCGUAAUUGACUUAAUUUCAUAUCCGGGAUGUCAAUGCCAAUUGGUUUCAGUGUUGGUCAGAUCUGCUAAGUUUAAUCUUUAAAGACAUUUCGAUGGGGUCAGUUAUUACAGCGCCGAUUACCUAUAUUUCGGGAUUAAUUUCAGCAGUGUUAUUAAAAUUUCUUUUCUGGUCUAAAUGGGUAUUUUCACGUAUUUAUAUUGCAAGAAAUAAAAAGUCCACUCCAAAGAGAGUCGGAAUUUACGACAAGAAAGCUUUUUCUGAUCCAGAAAAGAUCGGUUUCAUUGUACCUGAAGACGAAUUCCAUUUAGAAUCCCCACGCACUGAAUCACAUCUAAAAACUGGAGAGGAUGAAGUUUUCUGUUACGGAGUUAAUUCUAAGUCGGAAUACCUCAUCGUCAGUAUUUCCAGGCGUAGCGAUCAAAAAGCGGAUGCUUGCAUUUACCUGAAAUUAGCAUCUGGCAAAACCUACCUUUUGCAGAAGACAGACCAUUUCCAACAAUCCUGCAGUGACAAGAAUGUGUUCUCCUGUGGGGAUCUCCAGAUGUCCUACACAUGCCCGAUGAGGAGAUGGAGAAUAUUUUACAGUGGCUACUUAAGGGAAACGAACGAUGAAGAUUCUGAAACACAGCGAAUGGUGUAUGUAAAAUUUGCUUUCUGGUGGAAAGCUUCUUCCAAUAUCUUUGAUGCUACGCUGGAUAUUAACUCAAAAUCACUUGCCGGAGGUCUCUCAAAAGUCGACUGGAAAUCAUCAUAUCCUCCAUUGGAGAAGCUUAAAUGUGCGCUGAAUUUCUAUGUACAAUCUGGAACUCUACAUGGAACUGUAGCUGUGGAUGGGGAACAAGAUGAAAAAGAAGUAUAUUUAUUCGGUCAGCGAAUCAGGAAUUUAGGCGACACAUUGUUCUUGGAGAAUAGUGAAAUAGAUCACAUGUUGGGAUAUGUUCACCAAAAUGGAGUUUAUAUUUACCUAGCGAAAGCUUCUUUAAGUAAUGUUGUAAAAGAUUUAUGCUUUGGCUGCAUCGUACAACCAGACUGCGCCCUGAAAUUUGCGAAGAAAACAGAGAUAAUCGUUACGGAGUCAGAGGAUGUGACAUCCGUAAAAUCAACGUUUCAGAACGAAUGUUCUUAUAAACUGAGUGGAUCGUUCUCUAGUCCAGUCCUGCAGAUCUACAAUAAAAGAGACGGUGUUGCAACUUCUUUCAGUCUGUUUAGUUUCAAUGCAGAUGAGAAGAAAGGAAGCGGAGUUCACAUAAAAAGGCAUAUUACAGAAAUAUCCAGAAAAGAAAUGCCAGAGGUUACAGUAGAGAAAACAUCUCUUUCGGCGUUGCCAUUGGUGGUUACCUUUACUGACCAGCUAUGCCAAGAACCAGAAUUAACGGGAGGAAAAGGAUCAUCGUUGGGGAAACUGAGUCAUUUAAGCAGAGAUUUGCAAACGUUUGUAGUGCCAAAAGGAAUAGUCGUGACUACUACAGCUUAUCAACAUUUCAUUACCGAAGAAAUUCUUGACAAAAUAAAGCUGUUAGAAGAUGUUCUAUAUGGGAACACAGAAGGAGAUGUGAAAGAUAUGUGUAAAAGUUUGUGUGAAGAAUUUGAGAAAACUGAAUUUUCAGAGGAAACAAAUAAAGCCAUAGAAAUGUGUUUGAGAAGAAUGUUUGAAAAUAAUGUAGACUGCCUGAAAUUCGCUGUUCGAUCUUCAGCCACUGGUGAAGAUACUGAGCAAAUGUCUGCCGCUGGUCAAAUGGACACUUUCUUAGGCAUCUCAGGGAUAAAUGAAAUUCUACAUGCUGUGAAAAAAUGUUGGGCUUCGCAGUUCGGGACCAUAGCAAUCCAUUAUAAAAGGCGUUAUGGUCAGUGUUUGAAUUCUCCCAUGGCUGUUGUUAUCCAAGAGAUGAUUGCAUGUGAUGUCGCUGGAGUGCUGUUCACUUGCGAUCCUUUGACAGGAAAACCGACGAUUAUAACUAUAACUGCCAAUUACGGAUUAGGAGAGUCCGUUGUAUCCGGCUCAGAAGAACCGGAUACUAUUGAAUUGCAAAGAGAUCCUGAAGAUCAUUUAUGUGUGAAGAAGAAGGUUAUUGGAGCGAAGAGUCGGAAAAUAAUUAUAAAAGAAGCAGAAGGUACAGUUUUAGAGGAUGUUUCUGAAAAUGAAAAAACAAGCUGUUGUUUGUCAGAGGAUAUGAUUAUGCAACUGGGGCACCUUGGAAUCGAAGUAGAAAAGUAUUACCAUUCGCACAGAGAUAUCGAAUGGGGUUUUUGGAACAACAGUUUAUACCUAUUUCAGUCUCGUCCAUUUACAAGUGGAAUGAAUGAGACGAUAUUUGAAAUAGAUCACGAAUUCGAUUGCCCUCUUAGAGUGGAGAAGGAGUUCUCUUCCACAUGUAAUAUUGGGGAGGUCAUGCCAGGGGCAAUAACACCUUUCGGGCUGGAAUACAUGGCGAAGAUGUUCAGCAUUGCAAUGCAUGCUGAGAAAACAGCAUGGGAGGCUCCAGUUUACAGCCGAUACUUUUUUUUCGGUUGGAUGAUGGCUUACAAUCAUGCAAUGUUCCUUGUUACAGACAUGUUUCGUGGCCAGAAACCUGGAAAUCUACAUUAUUUCGCUCAAGCUACUAUGCUAGCUUUUUUUGGUAGAAUAAUAGAUGAAGAAGAAAUAUUUCAAGUAUGCGAAGAUCGGUAUGGAGAUACAAAACCAAAAUUUUCUCCAUUUUCAUUACUGAGGGUUUUAUGGAUAAAUCAAAAACGACUUCGAAAGGAACAAAAAGCUUAUGCGAAGUAUCGUAUUCAAGUGGAAAAAUUUAAAACUUCCAAAGAUCUUUUUGAUCAUCUCCUGCAAAAUUGCUGCAGUAUACUCAAUGCUUAUGUACCUAACAUGCUAACUUCUCAAGCAUCGAUGGUAUGGAAUUUGUUUGUUUUCACCAUUCUUGGCAAGGCUAGAGGAGGAUUUAGCAACGAAGUUUACAGUGAUCUCGCGUAUCUUCUAAAAACGAGCUGUGAUGUAGAAAGUGCAGACGUACCUUCAGCUAUGCAAAGUCUGGCUUUCCAGAUUUCUGAAGCAAUUAAUGUAGAAGAAUUCAAACGCAUGAGUGUUGAGGAAGCACUACAUUGGCUUCAAAACACACCGUCUGCAGCUGGAAAGAAAUUUCGAGAGUUUUUGGAGAAACAUGGACAUAGAUGUUUGAAAGAAUUUGAUGUUUACUCAAUUCCAUGGGGUUCUGAUCCAAAGCCGUUAGUUAACCUGCUACAGAAUAUGGCUGGAAAUGUUUCGAAAGACUCCACGAAAGCUGGGUCGAAAACUUUCAAUGAAAUUUUAUCAAAUCUUUCUCUGCCUUUAGGGUUCUUUUCCAGAUUGAUGCUAAAAUUUGUAUUGCCUCUUAGUCAUCGAGCUGUCCGAAAUCGGGAAGCUUCAAAGUCUCUUAUGGUAAAAGGAUUUGACGAAUGGAGGAAAGCGUUUAAACAUCUCGCAAAACUGAUGGUGUCGGAAGGACGCAUUCCUGAGGAAGACCUCCUGUUCUUCAUGACUCUUGAUGAGGUUAAAGAGUUGUUGAAUACAAGGUCACCCAAAAUAAUAGCCAGGGCGACUCAGAGGCAAAGGCGACAUCCGGUAAUAAACAAGUAUAUUUUCCCAGAAAUUAUGAAAGGUAUACCCAAGCCUGUUAACUUGAUAGAUGAACCCAUCAUCCCUACAAGUGAAGAUUUUACCAUGACAGGGGUUCCAGUCAGUCAGGGCGUUGCUGAAGGAGCCGUUCGGGUUGCUCUGAAUCUUGAAGAAGCCUCUCAUUUAAAGCCUGGAGAAAUUCUUCUCACAUACGGCACAGAUAUUGGUUGGACCCCUUACUUUCCCACACUGGCUGGAGUUGUUACGGAAUUGGGAGGACUAAUAUCACAUGGAGCUGUUGUCAGUCGAGAAUAUGGUAUACCUUGCAUUGCAGGAUUACAAGGAGCGACAAGAAAAUUUCAGACAGGAGAUUAUGUACGACUUGAUGGCUACAAAGGCAUAUUACAAAAGAUACCACGUCCGGAGAACACGUAAUUUGGAUUUGCAAAACGGAUAUUUUCAUGCAUAAUCAUUACAGGAACUGCACUGCAUGAACGUUCUUCAAAUGAUUCUUUGAAUGUAAAUGCAGUUAGAUCAUAUUAAAUAUAAAUUUUGUCAUUAUUUGAUUCA